CGUAUGGUCAGAGCAAUCAUUAUAAAGAGUUAAAAUAACUGUAAUUGUAAUAAACAACACAAUCUGGACCCGAGGCUGUCCGGUCACCAUGUAAUUAAAUAUGGAUGGUAAAUAAAUGGUAAAUAGGAUGGUAAAUAAAUCACAAAGUUAAGCAAAAACUCAGGGCCACCAAGUCUCCACAACAAUCAUUAUUUAAAAAAUAAAAGUAUGGUGGAUGACUGGUAAUGCUGCAUUUUUUCUCUCAGUGUUAAAGGCUUUGCCUAAUAAUGCACCAGGAAGUUUUUGAGUUGUGUUUUUGACUAUUGAAUUGUUGUUCUGAACUUAAAUGGAUUUUUAAAAAAGAAGAAAAUAAAUACUGCCCCCGUGUGACUAAUUCAAGCACUGACUUUUCCUUUUCUUUUUUCCCCCCCCUACAAGUUUCACCAUUUUUCUUUGUGAAAAAUGGUGAAACUUGGAACUACGUCUGAUUUAAAUAAACUAUGGUUAAAUAAGGCUGAAAGUAAAUCUGAUCUGAAUCAUGAGCAAGUUAAAACAUCAGAGAUCAAAAGUAAGAUUACAGCACACAAUCAAAAGCAGCCAGGUUGGCAGGAAACGUGAGCCCUGACAGAACCCAAGGGUCAGAUUCCCUGCUCUUUAGCCAGCAACGCUCUAAAUAAUUCGAGAAAGUACUCCCCCUUCACUUUCACUCCUCCCAUCAGGUAGCAGGAAACACAGAAACCUUCUCUUGUUAAGGGCCCCGCUCAUGAGAGUCAGUGUGUUGGAUUUUUAACGAACCUGGCCUGCAGAGACCUCAGCUACAGAGAACACCUGAGACACAUAGACCUUUCUAUUCCUUUCUAAAACUGAUUGUUUUUGCGUUGGUAGCUGCCUCUGACAAACAAUAGGACUGCUCAAUCAAUGUGCAUGGUGAGGAGGAUCUAGAAGAGGUAACAGAGCACCUUGAGGCGCUCGUGAAACUUUGAUGAGAGUUCGGCUGGAAUUUGGAGCAGCAGUGGUCGUCUUUAAAGACCGAGGAUCACAGACCCCUGACCAUCUCUACAGAGGAGCAAAUAAUCCCAAAGCAGGAUAAUGUGAGUCAUGCUGUGGUACAGAUGUGAUGUCCUCCUCGCUCUCUUCGUCUGGCCCCUGGCCUCCCUCACUAUGUCCCCGUGUCCCCCUGGCUGCUGCUGUCCAGGCCCCGGUUUUCUGGUCCUGUGCGAGUCUCUGGGUCUCAGGUCGCUGCCCCGCUCGGUCCCUCUCAGCACCUCAGCUCUGUCCGUGGCCAGAAACCAGCUCUGCAACGUGGACCACCUUCUCCAGGCCUUCUCCGGCCUGCAGGAGCUCAGCCUCAGCCACAACCUGCUGGCCCGCUUCCCCCGCGGCUUGCCCCCCAGCCUGGAGUCCCUGCUGCUGCAGGAGAACCGCAUCACUUACAUCACGUCAGGAGUCCUCAGGCAGCUGAGGAACCUAACCCGCCUCCAUCUGGAGGACAACCGAAUCCGUGCCAUUCAGCCCGGAGCGCUGCUGGGUCUGAAAAAGCUGCAGCUCCUGACACUGAAGGGGAACAAGCUCACCAGCCUCCCCCCGAGUCUCCCGCCAUCGCUGACACAUUUGGACCUGUCGGAAAACUGCAUCUCCUCUCUGGAUCUUCCCUCCCUCGCCGCCCUGGUCAACCUGCAGGUCCUGCAGAUCAACAGCAACUGCCUGCGCUCAGUGCCUGAAAACACCUUCGACAGCCUGCCACGCCUCAGGUCUGUGGACCUAACCAACAACCUGUGGGUGUGCGAGUGUGACAUCUUGUAUCUAUACCGCUGGCUGCUGAGCGGCAGACUGAAGAUGGCUACAGAUCUGGUGUGCAAAGAGCCGGUCCACCUCGCUCAUCGCCUGCUGCUCAAUCUCUCCAUUGUGUCCAUCUGUCCACGUGUCCUAAAGCCAAAUGAGAAGAUGCACCUGCCCGUGGUCGCUUCUGUGGAGGCGGUGAGAACAUCAGAUCCAGGUUCAUAUGAAAACGGGGAUGAUUUGCAGUGGAAAAGGUCGAAAGAAGCCAUUGUCACAAACGAACAAAACCUCCAGGAUGCUCGGGUUUUACCCUACUCCUUCGAGACUCUGACCUAUGAGGAGUGUUUAUCCUUCAACAUAUCUCCAUCAGCCACUCCCACUGACCUGAAAACUACAUCUUUUCCAAAGGACCAGGGAUGCAGAGAAAACACGACAUCUCCCUACCCUCAAGGCAAUGUGUCCUCUGCUGCUGGGACACAGUCAGGACUGUCCACCAACAGAGAGGAGGCCGUCCCUCCUGUGAAUCCCCAGCUGUCCCCCCACAGCGACUCGAAGGUGAUCGUCUCUCUGCUCGCCCUGCUGUGUGUGCUUCUGGUUCUUGUGAUGCUGGCAGUGCUAACCCUGCUGAGAAAGGUUCUGGUGCGCCAGCAGAGAGUGGCGCCGGCAAACGAGCGAUCUGUUGGAUGAAAGCAGCGGACACGCCGAGGAGGUUGAAUCGUUUAUUUCAACAUGUGCGAAUGGUCUUAGCACAAGUUUUGUUUUUUAUAAUGAAACUUUAUGCCAAAUAAAAUCACAAAGCCAAAACAAAUAAAGACAAACACAUGUGAAUCAUUUUCAUUUUGCUCUUGGUUUAUUAAAGAUCUUAUUUUUUUUAUUGUCGUGUGCAAGAGCAGGAGAACAGUCCGGGCUGCACAAUAAAGACCGUAGAUGUCAAAUAUUCAACUUGAGACUCAAAGCUUUUCAAAUCAUCAGCACUUCUGAUCAUUUGAAUCCAAA